AUGGCAAAUGCAAACUCCAUCUAUAUUGCUGUUAUUGGUGCCGGCGGAGUGGGCCAAUGCUUCCUAUCCCAGCUACGAGACUUGGCCGUAAGACGACCUUCCCCGAAGCUCAACCUCUGCUACAUCGCUACCAGUCGAAAAGCUCUCUACAAUGACGAUUACUCGCCCCUCAAUCUGGGUCAGGCCAUAGAGACAUUGCGCAAAUCCGCCAAGUCCUCCACUGGUCUCGCUGAGCUUGUCGCCUAUCUUACCAAGGCUCCGGGGAAAGCCAUUGUUGUCGACAACACCAGUUCCCAGGAUGUUGCCGAAGCGUAUCCUAUGCUCCUCGACGCUGGUAUCAGCGUCGUCACGCCAAACAAGAAAGCCUUUUCUGGAUCGUACAAAUUGUGGCAAGAUAUUUUCAUGGCUGCCAAUGCUUCGGGUGCCAAGGUCUACCACGAGUCCUCCGUCGGUGCCGGACUACCAGUGAUUUCGACGUUGAAGGAUCUUGUAGAGACUGGCGACCAAGUGACCAAGAUUGAAGGAGUGUUCAGUGGCACCAUGUCGUUCCUAUUCAACUCCUUCGCCCCGGUCGGUGGGGGUGGUGGUAAGUGGUCGGACGAGGUCAAGAAGGCAAAAGCUCUCGGCUACACCGAACCUGAUCCGCGGGAUGAUCUCAACGGCCUUGACGUUGCCCGUAAACUGACUAUUUUGGCCCGGUUGAUUGGCCUGCCGGUUGAGUCGCCGACCUCGUUCCCUGUCGAGAGCUUGAUUCCACAAGAACUGGAAUCCUGCGCAACGGGCGAUGAAUUCCUGGAGAAACUGCCGGCUUUUGAUGAGCGUAUGGAUGAGAAGAAGAAUGUCGGUGGUGGCAAAGUCAUUCGUCUUGUUGGAAGCAUCGACGUGGCAUCAAAGAGUGUCAAGGUUGGCCUCGAGAUUUUUGACCCUUCCCACCCAAUUGCCGCCUUGAAGGGAAGCGACAACAUAAUUUCUUUCUACACAAAGCGAUACGGGGACAAGCCGCUCAUUGUCCAAGGCGCUGGCGCCGGAGGCGAUGUGACCGCUAUGGGAGUGACUGCGGAUCUGAUCAAGGUUAUUGCCCAGAUUACCUGA